CACUGCAGGGAAAAAACUCUUCUUGCAGCGUACAUAUUUGCCACCGCAACACGACACAGCUGCUGGCCUGUCAGAUACGCAAUUUUUUCCUCCUACCGGGCCCCUGACUUGAACGACGAGGUUCGGGCUCAAAUAGGGCAUAUCCGUCUUGGAUCCCAGUUCCUCAGAGCUCAGUCUCGACGAACUCAGUCAGACAAUUGGCACACGCCCCAAAAGCUCUCAGCAGUAGCCCUCCCGGGAUCGGUCCCCCGCGCACCUAGCCGCAGCUUUACCAUCUGGCCUCGGGCCAAUCAAGCGGGAGUGCCAAUGCACCACCAUCGUCGAAAGUCCGGACAUGCUUCUGGCAACACGUCGCUGACGGACGUGCGCAAAGCUGUCACAGCAACUGAUCCAACAUACAAGAAGCAUUCAUCUCGCCCUGCACCAAUGGCCAGAAAAUCCAGCACCCAAAACGCCCCCAAGCUGGGCAAGAGCCCCCGCGACCGUGAAAAGGAGCUGGACGAUGAGCGCUGGUGGGAUGAAGAGAGGGAGAGCUUCCCGCAGUAUUGCAUGAUCUGUGAGAAACAAUUCGUCUCAUCGGACGAUCAGGUUCUGUACUGCUCCGAGGAAUGCCGCAUGCAUGACUUGAACGGCGUAAGCACCUCCACGGCGCCGAGCCGAUAUUCCAGCAGCCACACGGCCACCCACUAUCCGUACUAUUCGGCGCCCCCGGAACACAGAGAUAUCAUCCCCCGCGCUUCACCCUCGCGUCCUAGCUCGACGCACGUCUCCCCGCCCGUUACCCACACUUCGGCAUUAUCAGCCCUCAAGUCACUGUCGAUCCGGCCGGCAAGUCCCACCUCACCUGUAGUAGGGACCUACCAUUCGAGCAUCUGGCCGUUUGCACGGAGCACCACAGCGAUGAGUGCUGGCAAUUCGUACACCAAACCGGCAAUGGGACCCUUUUCAUCGACAUACGAUGGGACAUAUCAUGGCGCCAGCGGCGAUUAUUACGGGACGAGCUCCGACCGUCCGUUGCCGUCUCGCAGGCCAACUUCGUACUCGAGACCGAAGAGCAUUGAGCUCGUGACGCCCAUGUUGGGACGGUAGUUCGGGUCUCGAAAACCCGAAGCUCGGGCGCAGCCAUUCAUUUGGGUCCAUGUCCUGUGGUACGGGGUCUGAGUCGGUAGCGCAUAUGUUCUGCAUGUUGCUCCGUCUCCAUCCUCAUCUCUUCUCCGCCUUUCCUCCCGUGGGGGCUUUGCCUACGGGUCACAGUGCAACCCCAUGGCGCGGGGGGUCCCUAGUCGUACGACGUGUGCGGCAGUCACAGUUUCUAGGUACAAUGAGAGCUGGUGUACCUAGCUCUGAAGUGGUCGUCAGCAGGCG